AUGGCAUCUGAUCCAACAGGCUCACGAGGUGAGCUUUAUGAUUCCACCGUGACCGUUCCCUCCGACUCGGAAAACUACUCAGCCAACCAUGAGCUGUCUUCCUCUACUUCGAGCUCUCCUAUGAUCCUCUAUACUCCUCCAUCUAUUUGGGGUGUCCUUCGCGGUGCAGCGAUCAAUCUAUUUUUACCAUUCGUGAAUGGUCUGAUGCUUGGGUUUGGCGAGCUCUUCGCCCAUGAGGCGGCCUUCCGUCUGGGAUGGUCAAACACCAAGAUCUUCCCAACAUACCGCAGAUCUCAUCCUGUUGGCCCUGGAAUCGAAAUUCGAGAGCUUCCUUCAGACCGGAGGCGAACCUACUCCGGUUUGAAGGAUACGACUGCUCUCGAAUAA